GUAAUACCUUCGAUAUCCACCGUUGAGCAACAUUGCUUCAACUCUCACGUUACAUAUGAGCGUACGACAUUUGACUUUGUGCUCGAUUUUAUAGAUCUACCUGUCUCUUUCAUACGGCCCACACAAAAAAAAAGACAUAGAUAUAUGGCUUUAGAACUGACAUCCCAGUCCUUGGAGCGCCAUUGCUAUGGCAACAUAUGUCACUGCGAUUGGCGCGUAACCAUCCAGGAUUGCGUUGAGAGCGUGCCAAUGUGGCAUGUACACCUGUGGAACAUCAUACUCUCGGCAUUAGCGGUUGUUGUUGGAAGUGCGCUGUUGGUUUACAGGCUGUUCGUGAGGGGACAUACACUUUGGAGCCAAGCUGGAGUUACUCGCGGGCUUUUACGACCGAAGCCUAUCGACAGCAUGAUCCUUUUAUUUUCAAUGUUUAAUACUCUUCGAAUGUUGACAAGCAUAAUAUUGGUUGCGGAUGUUGCACCAGAGAACAUGCUCGCACGAUCAUUCCUAUUCGAGCUGCCAUGGGUCUUCGGAUUGUCAGGUCUGCUGUUUUACUUUAUUGGAAUAGCACAGGCUAUUUCUCAGAGUCACUCAGCUUCGGGAUGGCUUCCUUCUGCCUCAGUCAUUGACAUUUUUGGCUUUUCGGCUUUGAUCAUUCCGUUUCUUUGUAGUUGGUCGUUUACACUAGCGUUGGGUGCGCUGGCCAAAACCGAUCUAGCGACCUCUGAAUUGCUGAUGAGCAUAAACUAUGGUCUGUGGGCAUUAUGGACUGGCGGUACGGGUACCAUUAUUUUCGUUGCUGGUCUCCGGCUCGUACGUAUUUUGACAGAGCACCACAAAAAAUACCGCAAUAGUCCAACCUGGGCAGAUAUCAAGGCUGGUAUUUUCAAACUGCGGAUGAUGGCGCUCACUUUGGCACUAUGUCUCUGGAGUUUUGGAACCUUGUUGCUUUGCUAUGCCAUCUUGCGAUAUGAGAUCAUCAGGACAACUGCGGCAAGCAUAUUCCUUGGUGUUCUUUGGAAUCUUUUGGCAGUAGUAACAACACUAUUGUCUUUCGUGCUGAUUAUUUUCGAUCCUCACAAGAGUCAGAACCCUGCUUUACGAACACGAUCUGCAGACGAAACAACAGGAGAAAAUUUUACAGCAUCAACAACACAGCCUGACGGAAGGCUCGAAUCGACCACAUUAGAUGGCGGUACGAUGUCUCGGUUCACUGACGACAACGAUGUGAUCCUCAACGCUUUAAAGAACACGGACCAAAUCUUGCAGCAAAAUGAAAAGAGAAAGCAAUCAAACGAAAACGGAAACGGAGACGGAUCCGGAAAUACAAACAGCAAUUUUUUCAUGAACAAGAUAAAACCAAAAAAGCGAGAAUCAACCACAUCGUUUUCUUCCAACGUGGAGCUCACGUCGUAUGAAGCUCGUUGAUAAUAAUUUGGUUUCACUAUAACUUGUUAGACACACAUCAUGUACGCCCUUUAAAGUAGUAUCGCAAAUAUUUAUUCCUUAAAAUUUCUAGAAACUUUAUGCUAUUUUAACAGAUAGUGCUGUAUACCUUCACACACUCAUUCAUUCGAUACAAUCACUGCGCAACUUCCCUUUUACUUCUUAUAUAUCCCAGCUUUUCUGCACCUUGCUUCACUAUUCAUUGCACGGUGUUGUAUAAACGAUUAAUUUUCUCUUACUUAUAAUGUCUAUUUGUUCACAG